CGACAACGAAAGUUCUAGUAAAAAUCAGGAAAUGGAUAUAUUUGAUGAUGUGGGUCGUCCAUUGGGGAAAGAAGUCACCGAGAUGUUGGAUCCUGAAUGGAGACGAAAGGCUCACUUAUAUGUCUUAAAUAAUUGCAAAGAAGUGUGGCCUUUUAUAGAGGAGUUCAAAGCUAGUCUACCUCCAAUGAAACACUCUGAUGUGAAAAAGCGCUAUAAUUCUGACUUUCCUACGUGGCUUCGAGAUCAUGUUACUCGUUUGAAACAACAAGGGCAUGUCCAUGUUUCUAGAGAUUUACAUGAUUUAGCUUCA